GAUUCUUUUUGUGAUGCAGUUGCUAGUUAUGUUAAACUGCAUGAGACUAUGAUUGACCUUCAUGCUUUGUUUUUCUUCAAGUUUUUGUUGUAGUGGGGGUGUCAAUUGAGCAUAUUUUGAUGAUCUGGGGCAUGUAUUUCUUGUUCUCGGAGAAUUUUCUACAAUCGAUGAGUGUGCACUUGUUUGCACCUUAUUUUUUUGUUCUUAACAUCGAUCUCUUCAAAUUUCGGUUGCGAUACCCUUUUGUAAUUUUCUUUUUUUUAACAAUUAGAGACUCCACAUGCAAAUUGAAUUUAUGGGGUAGACUGAACCAUAUCAUGCAUAGUUUAUAUAGAUUUUUUUUUUUCCUUCAAUACUUUAGUGUUUAUAACUCAUGUUACCUUGUAAGUCUUGUAGUCAAAUAUAAAGUAAAUUCAAAAUUAUAUCAUAUUUAUAUCCUUAUUUCUGUUUUCCUUUAGAAUUUUUUGUUUUUAGCCAAAAAGCUGGAUCUUGGACAACUUUGGAAUCCCCUUUAUGUUUUAGGUUUAGGAAGGCUGAUGUCAGAGCUGUUUGUGUUUUGAAUUUUGUUGAUUUUAUUAUUUCUAUCUGAAAUUGUUUUGAUGCUCUCUUUAUGUUUUUCUUUUUGGUUACAAAAUAGAGCAAUUGGACUCAUUCAAACCAUGGCUCUCUCGGGUGCUCAUAAAAAUAGAGGAGAGUUGAGGAUUCAUGAGAGUUUGGAUGAGCUAAGGACUGAUUUGGCAGACUAUGUUGCUGAGUUAUCAGAGGCUUCUGUGAAAGAACGAGGAGUCUUUGCCAUUGCUUUAUCUGGUGGUUCUCUCAUUGGCUUAAUGGGAAAACUUUGCGAAGCUCCUUAUAACAAGACUGUGGACUGGGCCAAGUGGUAUAUCUUCUGGGCUGAUGAACGUGUUGUGGCAAAAAGUCAUGCUGAUAGCAAUUAUAAGCUUGCCAAAGAUGGCCUUUUGUCCAAGGUGCCUAUUGUCCCUAGUCAUGUGCAUUCUAUUAAUGAUUCGGUGUCAGCAGAAGAAGCUGCCGAUGAUUAUGAAUUCGCCAUUCGACAGUUAGUGAAAACCCGUGUCGUCAGUGUGUCUGAGAUCAGCGACUGUCCAAAGUUUGAUCUCAUUCUGCUCGGAUUGGGUCCGGACGGCCAUGUUGCCUCUUUAUUUCCUAACCACCCAGCACUCAAUGAAAGGGAAGAAUGGAUAACUUUCAUUACUGACUCCCCCAAACCCCCUCCUGAGAGAAUCACAUUCACCUUGCCUGUUAUCAAUUCUGCAUCCAAUGUUGCAGUAGUUGUCACAGGGGAAAGCAAAGCAGAAUCUGUACACUUGGCAAUAGAUGACAUUGGAGCCGACUGCCCGUUAAUACCGGCAAGAAUGGUCCAACCCGCCAUGGGGAAGUUGGUGUGGUUUUUGGAUAAGUUGGCUGCCUCAAAACUUGAAGAUUCCAAUUUGAACAAGUAGGACUUGAUGAGGUGCAAGUUUGUAUGUAGUGUCAAGGGAUUUGGCAAGUGUUGAUCAUCCUUGGAUCCUGCCUAGUUCCUUUCUCUUGGAUAGAAAGUCUUUGUUUUUUUUACCUUUUCUUGCUCUCUCAUGGGAGGUUGUUUGGAGAAAGUGUGGUAUAGUUUUUGUAAGCUGCCAAUAAAUGUUGUGGAGAGCAUCAUUCCAAGUUCCAACACCCUUCUUUCCUUCUGAUUCCUCAUUGGGUUAUUGGUUAUGAUGAUGGUCUCACCUGCUUGCAAUUUAGAAAGGAAAAUCUGGUUCAUGUAAUUCCAAGAGUUCACUUUCCCACACCCUCCCAGUUUCUUGUUUAUCUAUUUUGUUUCAAUUUCAAUAUAUAGUCUCUACUUGAUGAUGAAAAUUUUGAAUGUGCCCCAUCUGUUUUUUUUUUGGGUUGAUUAUUAAAUUUGAGGGAUCCUCUGAAAUGGGAGAGGAUAGUAUGUGGCAUCAAUCAAGUAUCUAUUUGUUUA